AUGGACGAAAACUCGCGCCGAAGGCGGCUGAAUGAUCUGUCUUAUUCUGGACCUGAUGCCCGCUUCAACCCGGAUAGUGAAGCACGUGGUUUUGCUGGAACAUCAGCUGGACGACAUCGUCCUGCCUCUCUAAACACUUCCCCACCAGCAGCUAGGGGAGGGGCCACCGGAGUUACAAAUUUCUCUGGAUACUAUCAGGUUGCAUCUCCAAGCUUUCCAAACACUAUUCAAUCUACCAAUCUUCAGUAUCCAGCUACUUCCGGGUACGCUACGGAUCAGAGACAGCAGCCACAGUCAGGCUUUGCAGCUUACAAUCCAGAUGUAAUGUACAAUGUAUCACAACAGACGACUCCAUCUAGCUCCGUCUAUAACCCGUCCUCACAAUUCCAGACGCGACAACCCACCGGCAUGCAGCUACUUUCUGAUGUAGCAGCGCCCUACUUUCCAAACGGGACUACCUCCGGUUCUGAAGCAUCGAAUCUGCAGCAUCAUCCAUCAUCAACUGCUGCCCCAACCGUAUUUUCUCAAAAUUCGCAACAGCAACAGCAACAACAGCCGCCGCCGCCACCACCACCACCGCCAACACAAAGUUCCAGUGAUCGGAAUUCAAUCCUGCAGCCAACCCCCGAAGACCGAGUCUCAAUCAUCUCUCAAAAUUACACCUCCAUUCCAAUGGGAAACAUGGCCCAGGCGUCUGAAGUGAUGGAAGAAGAGUUUACAUCCCAAGGUCCUGGAAUGGAGGCAGCUUAUACAACAUAUCAAAAUGCACUAAAAGAAAUAUUCCAGAAUAUCAUCCACGGUCGGCUAAGGGAAGCUAGUCAAUCGCUCGUGGAGACAUCUGAGUGGCUUCUGAGUCACGUGGGAGAGCUUGGUCUGACCGUCGAUGAAGUCUCUCUCCACGAAGACCGCAUACGGCUGUGGGGGGAGUUUAACACGGCAUGGUUAGGAAUCUUUCAGAAGCAAAAAGAUAUGCUAGAGUCUGGAAUGCGCCUCCCACCAAAUCAAAGUCUGAUGUCUCAAGAGACCAUAAAUAAAAUGGCGAGGCAUCUUAUUAAGAUGUGUGAUUUAGUGGAGAAGCAUGGUCUUGUCGAUUACCAGUAUGGUGUGGCUGAGGAGCAAAUUAUGGCCAUUUUGAUGGAGUGUCUAGAUUUGCAAGAAACGCUCGAGAAAAUGGAGGGCGACGAUGCUGGUCCAUCAGUGGGUAUUGGUCGCGCGCCUUCCUGA